AUGGUAGCACAAGGACCAUCGGAACUUCGAAUUGAUGUUUCGUCCCUGGGAGGGUCUGAAGGUUACGAGACUUUUCAGAAUUUUUCCAUAUCACCUGGCCCAGGUUACACGCUGAACAUUGCACUCGGAAACGGAACACUAGGAGACAGUCCUCUCGAAGGAUUGUCAUAUAACAACAAUAUGAAUUUCAGUACCUUUGAUCGAGACAUGGACAUGUCUUCUGCAAACUGUGCUUCGUACCAUGAAGCCGGGUGGUGCGCACAACUUUCUAGAAUGUUACCCCAUGAUACAAUUGAAAAAGACACAGGACGGUUACGGGACAAGAUAGGCCUACCAGGCACCGUAUUCGCAUCAGUUUCAAAUGCGCAGUUCUUUCCAGCACAAGGGUUUGCUGACACCAGGAACUACUGUAGAAAUCCGGAACCAGCCGACAAAUCCGAGCCUUCGUGUAAUACAAUUGGUCCACCUGGUUAA